CCGCCGCCGCCCCCAGAGGAGCCCGGAGCCCCGGCGGCCCCGAGCCCCGCAGCCGCAGACAAAAGACCUCGGGGCCGGCCUCGCAAAGAUGGCGCUUCCCCUUUCCAGAGAGCCAGAAAGAAGCCUCGAAACAGAGGAAGAACUGCAGUUGAGGAUGAUGAUAGUAUGGAUGGAUUGGAGGCAGCAGAAACAGAAAACACCGUUGAAACAGAAGUCAAAGAACAAUCUGCAGAGGAGGAUGGUGAAACAGAAUUGGACAGCAGCAAGCAGCUCACACCAGCUCUCCAGCGCUCAGUAUCUGUGGAAUCCACAAGCUCUACUGUUUCUGUUGGUGUAGAAGCUAAAAUCAGUGAACAACUAUGUGCUUUUUGUUACUGUGGUGAAAGAAGCUCAUUAGGACAAGGAGAAUUAAAACAGUUCAGUCCAACACCAGAAUUCAUCACCCCCUGGAAAAAGCAACCUCUGAACAAGAAGGACAUUGAUGACAACAGCGAUGGAAUGAGUGAAAAAACACAAUACUCAGUGCCACGUAAACAAAGAGGACAGAGAAAAGAGCGAUCUCCUCGACAAAGCAUAACAUCUUAUGUAAAUGUAAGCACCCAAACUGCUUCAGAUGAUCAGACUGGUAAAUUAUGGGACGAACUCAGUCUGGUUGGCCUUCCAGAUGACAUUGAUUUCCAAGCCUUAUUUGAGUCCACGGGUCACUUUUGGGCUCAUCACCGUUGUGCAGAAUGGUCUCUGGGAGUAUGCCAGGCGGAAGAACAGGCAUUAAUGAACGUGGACAAAGCUGUUGUCUCAGGGAGCACAGAACGAUGUGCAUUUUGUAAGCACCUUGGAGCCACUAUCAAAUGCUGUGAAGAAAAAUGUACCCAGAUGUACCAUUACCCUUGUGCUGCUGGAGCAGGCACUUUUCAGGAUUUCAGCAAUUUCUCCCUUCUCUGUCCAGAACACAUUGACCAGGCUCCUGAAAGAUCUAAAGAAGAAGCAAACUGUGCUGUGUGUGACAGUCCUGGAGACCUUAUAGAUCAAUUCUUUUGUACUACUUGUGGCCAGCAUUAUCAUGGAAUGUGCCUGGAUAUAGCAGUCACACCAUUAAAGAGAGCAGGUUGGCAGUGUCCUGAUUGCAAAGUGUGCCAGAACUGCAAGCAUUCUGGAGAAGAUAGCAAGAUGCUGGUAUGUGAUACAUGCGACAAAGGAUACCAUACUUUUUGUCUUCAACCAAUUAUGGAUUCAGUACCAACAAAUGGCUGGAAAUGCAAAAACUGCAGAAUUUGUGCAGAAUGUGGCACUCGAACCAGCUCGCAAUGGCACCACAAUUGCCUUGUGUGUGACAGUUGUUAUCAACAACCACAAGAUAAUCUGGUCUGCCCUUUCUGUGGAAAAUGCUACCAACCAGACUUGCAGAAAGACAUGUUGCAUUGUCACAUGUGCAAAAGAUGGAUUCAUAUAGAAUGUGACAAACCAGCAGAUACUGAAUUAGAUUCACAGUUAAAAGAAGAGUAUGUCUGCAUGUAUUGUAAACAGUUAGGAGAUAUGGAUCCAGUUCAACCUUGCGAUGAAAUGGAGACUUCUGAACUAAUUCCCCAGCCUGUGACAGAUUCUGUUAAUGAAAUGGAAACAGAAAGACUUGAUGAAGGUUUGACAUUUCUGGACCACGCUGUGAAGAGUAAUUCUGUACAUCAAGAGGCAAUACCUGAAAUUGUUCCAGUUGCAGCUGUCCAUGAAGGUGAUGAAGAACUGACUAAUAUCAAGAAUGAUAAUUCAUCAAUAAGACUUAUAACAGGCAGUCCUCUAAUUCCUGAUCCCACACAUGAUAAAUUAAAUGCUGAACUUCAGGACGAAGUUUCUCAUCAGACUGAUAAAGAUGAAAUGGAAACAUCUGACAAAAUGGUAGAAGCCAUUUGUGAUGAAAGUCAAAAUAAAAAUAAGAUGGAAGUGACAGAAAAUGAUCACAAACUGUCAAAAAUGAAGGUUGCACAAAAAGAAGAGGAGCCACAGGCCUUACAAGAGUUCCACACAGCAGGACCUAUUGAAGAAUCACCAUCUCCACAGUUAACACCUGAAAACAACACUGCAGUCUCAGAAGUUUCACCAUCUAUAAAUGUAGAAAAAACUGUUCUAAUUACAACAAAUGAAUUGAGAAUAGAAAAGUUUCAAGGAGAAAUGGAAAAAGAUGGAAUCUCUGAAGUUUCAUCUGGUAUUGUAGAAAUGGAAUCUGUCCCCAAAUUUGACAGUUGUUUAAAAAUUGCUUCACCUCCAGAAGAAAAACUCAUAAAAUCACCACCUGAGACAGAUUCAGCAUUUUCAUCCACAGCUGAUAUAAGCAAGACAAAUAUGAGUUCCCCUUCCAUAGUAUCUUUAGACUUGACAUCGACAAAUGAUAUGCUUCAUAGCGAACCUUCAAAUGUACAUUCUUCUGCUGGAAGCAUUAUGCCAACAACUUAUAUCUCAGUCACUCCAAAAAUUGGCAUGGGUAAACCAGCUAUUACCAAAAGAAAAUUUUCUCCGGGGAGACCUCGGUCAAAACAGGGGGCUUGGAGUACCAAUAAUACCGUGAGCCCACCUUCCUGGUCCCCAGACAUUUCAGAAGGUCGGGAUAUUUUUAAACCCAGACAGCUUACUGGAAGUACCAUUUGGAGCAUCAAAGUGGGUCGUGGAUCUGGAUUUCCUGGGAAAAGACGACCACGAGGUGCAGGACUUUCAGGACGAGGUGGGCGAGGUAGAUCCAAACUCAAAAGUGGAAUUGGAGCUCUUGUUCUUCCAGGGGUCACUUCUGUGGAUAUUUUAUCAUGUAAAGAUGAAGAAGAAAAUUCCAUGCAUAAUACAGUAGUUCUGUUUUCUAGCAGUGACAAAUUUACUUUACAUCAGGAUAUGUGUGUAGUUUGUGGAAGCUUUGGCCAAGGGGCAGAAGGAAGGCUACUUGCAUGUUCUCAGUGUGGUCAGUGUUAUCAUCCAUACUGUGUCAGUAUUAAGAUCACCAAAGUCGUACUUAGUAAAGGCUGGAGGUGUCUGGAAUGCACUGUUUGUGAAGCUUGUGGCAAGGCUACUGAUCCAGGACGACUCCUCCUUUGUGAUGACUGUGACAUAAGCUAUCACACUUACUGCCUGGAUCCUCCAUUGCAAACUGUUCCCAAAGGAGGCUGGAAGUGUAAAUGGUGUGUUUGGUGCAGACAUUGCGGAGCAACAUCUCCAGGUCCACGAUGUGAAUGGCAAAACAAUUAUACACAAUGUGCCCCAUGUGCAAGUUUAUCUACCUGUCCUGUCUGCUGUCGGAAUUAUAGGGAAGAGGAUCUCAUUCUGCAAUGCAGACAGUGUGAUAGGUGGAUGCAUGCAGUCUGCCAGAAUUUAAAUACUGAGGAUGAAGUAGAAAAUAUAGCUGAUAUUGGUUUUGAUUGUACUAUGUGCAGACCCUAUAUACCUACAGCAAAUGUGCCUUCCUCAGACUGCUGUGAAUCAUCAGUUGUAGCACAAAUUGUUACAAAAGUAAAAGAGCUAGAUCCCCCGAAGACCUACACACAGGAUGGAGUUUGUUUGACCGAAUCAGGAAUGUCUCAAUUACAGAGCCUUACAGUUACAGUUCCAAGAAAAAAGCGGUGUAAACCAAAGUUGAAACUAAAGAUCAUAAACCAGAAUAGUGUAGCUGUUCUCCAAACACCCCCAGACAUCCAGUCAGAGCAUUCAAGAGAUGGUGAAAUGGAUGAUAGUAGAGAAGGUGAUCUUAUGGAUUGUGAUGGGAAAUCAGAUUCUAGUCCUGAACGUGAAGCUGUGGAUGAUGACCCUAAGGGUGCAGAAGGAACUGAUGGAAUCAAAAAGAGAAAAAGAAAACCAUAUAGACCAGGUAUUGGUGGCUUCAUGGUACGCCAAAGAAGUCGAACUGGGCAAGGAAAAACCAAACGAUCUUUGACAAGAAAAGAUUCUUCAGGUUCUGUUUCUGAACAUUUACCUGUCAGAGAUGAUGGUUGGAAUGAACAGUUACCAGAUACUCUGGUUGAUGAAUCUAUUCCUAUCUCUGACAGCACUGAGAAAAUAAAGAAGAGAUACAGAAAAAAGAAAAAUAAGCUUGAAGAAACUUUCCCUGCAUAUCUGCAGGAAGCUUUCUUUGGAAAAGAUCUUCUAGAUACAAUUAGGCAAAGCAAGCUGUGCCUAGAUAACUUGUCAGAAGAAUCAGCAUCUCAGCUCCCUUGUAAAACUAAUAUGAACACAAACUUUUUAGACCCAUCUUCUGAUCCCUUGCUCAGCUCAACCUCAACUCCAGUGAAACCAGGAACUCAAGGUAAUGCUGAUGACCCAUUAGCUGACCUCUCAGAUGUAUUAAACACAGAAGAUGAUAUUCUAGGAAUACUUUCUGAUGAUUUAGUAAAAUCUACAGACCCUUCUGAUAUUGGUUCCAUCUCUGAUGAUCCUUCCUCUUUGCCUCAGCCAAACGUUAAUCAAAGUUCACGACCAUUGAGUGAAGAACAAUUAGAUGGCAUCCUCAGUCCUGAACUAGACAAAAUGGUCACAGAUGGAGCAAUUCUUGGAAAAUUGUAUAAAAUUCCAGAGCUUGGAGGAAAAGAUGUUGAAGACUUAUUCACUGCUGUUCUAAGUCCUGCUACUACUCAGCCAACUCCACUGCCACAAGCUCCUCCACCAACACAUUUAAUUUCAUUACACAAUCAGGACAGUGUUUUUUCUCGGAUGCCACUUAUGAAUGGCCUUAUUGGACCUAAUCCUCAUCUUCCACAUAAUUCUUUGACUCCUGGAAAUGGAUUAGGAAAUUUCUCUUCUAUAACACAAUCCCCUUAUACUGAUACCAGGGAUAAAAAUCCUGCUCUGAAUCCAUUGGGGAGUGAUCCUCAUAGCUCCUGGCCAUCAUCAGUCCCUACUAUGGAAGGUGAAAAUGAUACUUUGUCUAACACGCAGAGAAGCACUCUCAAGUGGGAGAAAGAAGAGGCACUGGGUGAAAUAGCAACAGUGGCACCUGUUCUCUACACCAACAUCAACUUUCCCAACCUCAAGGAAGAAUUCCCAGAUUGGGCCACAAGAGUGAAGCAGAUUGCUAAAUUGUGGAGAAAAGCAAGUUCACAGGAAAGAGCUCCAUAUGUGCAAAAAGCAAGAGAUAACAGAGCUGCUCAACGUAUUAAUAAAGUACAGAUGUCAAAUGAUUCCAUGAAGAGGCAGCAACAGCAGGAUAGUAUUGAUCCUAGCUCUCGUAUUGACUCAGAUCUAUUUAAAGAUCCAUUAAAGCAAAGAGAAUCUGAACAUGAGCAGGAGUGGAAAUUCAGACAGCAAAUGCGACAAAAAAGUAAACAGCAAGCAAAAAUUGAAGCUACACAGAAAUUGGAGCAAGUGAAAAAUGAACAGCAGCAGCAACAACAGCAGCAGCAACAGCAGCAGUUUGGUUCCCAACCACUUGUGAACCAGUCUGGGUCUGACACCCCUAGCAGUGGGAUACAGAGCCCUUUAACACCUCAGCCUGGAAAUGGAAGUAUGUCUCCUGCACAGUCAUUCCACAAAGAUCUGUUUACCAAACCACAGCUCCCUGGACCCCCGACUACAGUGGCUUCAGAUGAUGUAUUUCUAAAACCCCAAGCUCCUCCUCCUCCUCCAGCCCCUGUCCGCAUCCCAGUGCAGGAAGCCCUUCCUCAAACUCAGACUCCUCCAUCACCAUCCUCACACAUGUUUUCAUCAGGUUCUUCAAGCACACGGCCCCCCUCUCCAGUCGAUCCUUAUGCUAAAAUGGUGGGAACCCCUAGACCACUUCCAGGAGGUCAGAACUUUCCUAGAAGAAAUUCUGUUGGACCAGUGGAAACCUGCACAACUCCCUUGUCUCGUUCCAUUCAAGUAACUGAAACAACAGCAAGUAGGCUUUCAUCUGCCAGGGAUGUGUGUUCUUCCUCUUCAGCUAGUAGUGAUCCCUAUGCAAAACCCCCAGACACACCUAGACCUGUAGUGACAGAUCAGUUUUCUAAACCCUUGGGGAUACCAAGGUCUCCCAUUGUCAUGGAACAAACUGGAAAAGGCCCUUUAACAGCUGGAACAAAUGAUCCCUUCACUAAACCAUCUCCUAGGCCAGACAGAUUUCAAAGACAAAGGAUACCUGAUCCAUAUACACGACCCCCUUUGACACCUACCCCUGUUGAUAGUAGUACUGGACCUUUUAAACCUCCCAUGCACCCUCCUCAAUCCCCUCAAGAUCCUUUUGGGUCAGUGCCACAAACACCAAGAAGAAUGUCUGCUGACCCCUAUGAAAGGCCUGUUUUGACACCAAGACCAGUAGACUCUUUUCCCCUUAGUCAGUCUAGUGAUCCUUAUAGUCAGCCUCCUCAUACUCCACAUCCUGCAAUGAAUGAUUCUUUUGCCCAUCCUUCAAGGGCUUUUUCUCAGUCUGGGGCUAUGUCCAGGCAAACUUCUCAGGACCCUUAUUCACAGCCUCCAGGAACUCCUCAUCCUCUUGUAGAUGCUUUUUCCCAAUCCUCAGGAACACCUCGACCCAUCAAAGAUCCUUAUUCCCAACCUUCUGCAACUGCCCGGCCUACCACUAUUGAUCCUUAUAUUCAGCAGACUUCUACACCCAUGCCCUCUGCACAGGCAGAUUUAUUUGUUCCAUCACCAGGUAAUCAAAGGCAUUCUGAUCCUUAUGCCCAUCCUCCUGGAACACCAAGACCUGCCAUCCCUGUUCCUUAUUCACAGGUAUCAGUGCCUCCAAGGCCAGGGAUUCCAGAAAGUUUUACUAGAUCCCCAAUGACAAGACCAGGCCUUGUGUCAAAUCAAGAUGCUUUCCUCCAGGCAACACAAAACAGAGGACCAACUUUAUCAGGGACUUUUGUAAGGUCAUCAGAUGCAUGUUCUCAAACACCAAGACCACCAGGUCCUGCUUUGUCAGAAACUUUUAGUCAUGUUCCACCAUCCCCUGCUCAUGACCCUUAUGAUCAACCUCCAAUGACUCCAAGACCUCAAUCUGAUUCCUUUGGAACUAGUCAGAUUAGCCAUGAUGUUGUCGAUCAACCAAGACCAGGAUCAGAAGGGAAUUUUAAUGCAUCUUCAAAUUCUCCAAUGAAUUCUCAAGGACAGCAAUUUUCUACCGUCCCGCAAAUUCCUGGUCCAGCACCAACUUUAGCGGUAACAGAUACACAGAAUACCAUAAAUAUGUCUCCAGCAGAUACAGAAAAGCUCAGACAGAGACAGAAGUUGCGUGAAAUCAUUCUUCAGCAACAACAGCAGAAAAAGAAUGCUAUCCGGCAAGAAAAAGGAUUACAAGACCCUGGGUCUCUGCAACACUGGCAACCAGAGAAUCUUAACCCAAUGUUUAAUAGACCACCACCUCCUUAUCCUGGUAACAUUCGAGCUCCUGUUGUUCCACCUGGUGGGCCUAGAUUUCCCCUUUUCCCAAAAGAACAACGAGGACCGUUUCCUUCUGAUGUUCCUGGCAUGGGAAUAAGGCAUCAUGGGUUAAGAUUUGGAUUCCCAGGUGGGGGCCAUGGUCCACCAUCAAGUCAGGAACGUUUCCUUGUACCACCUCAGCAAAUGCAGGGCCCUGGAGUUCCUCCACAGCUUCGAAGAUCAAUGUCUGUAGAUAUGCCUAGGCCCUUGAACAACUCACAGAUGAAUAAUCCAGUUGGACUUACACCACAUUUUCCACCACAGGGUAUGCAACUUCAACAGCAUAACAUCCUGGGUCAAGCAUUUAUUGAAUUAAGGCACCGGGCCCCUGAUGGAAGACCCCGGCUUCCCUUCAACAUUUCUGCUAAUAAUGUUAUAGAGCCAACUUCCCAACACCACCGACAUGGGAACCUUAUACCACGGACAGACUUUCAAGGUCCAAGACCCACAGAUCCAGUCAGACGGACAUCUCAGUGCAUACCUAGUCAGACAUUGGUGUCUACAAAUUUGGAACAUAUACCAUCAUCUCAGCAAGAGUCAAGCCAAACUGUCCACCCUUCUUCUCUCGCCAUGCGCUCUCUGAGUCAUACCUCAGGAAAUGAUUUUGUAGGGACUUCUCUGCCAACUCCAUUAUCAACUGAUGAAUCUAGUAAUUUACAGAUGUCCAGCCAACCAGCUGAUAGCCUAGAAGAAAAGCUUGAUCCUGAUGAUCCGUCUGUAAAAGAUUUAGAUGUCAAAGAUCUUGAAGGGGUUGAAGUCAAAGAUUUGGAUGAUGAAGAUCUUGAAAAUUUAAACCUUGACACAGAGGAUGGCAAAGGAGAUGAGUUAGAUACCCUAGAUAAUCUGGAAACAAAUGAUCCCAACCUUGAUGACCUCUUGAGAUCAGGAGAAUUUGAUAUUAUUGCAUAUACAGAUCCUGAACUUGACCUGGGUGAUAAGAAAAGUAUGUUUAAUGAGGAAUUGGAUCUAAAUGUCCCAAUUGAUGAUAAAUUAGAUAUGCAGUGCAAAACUGAGGAACCAAAAAAGGAUGACAAAAUUGAUAAGAAUGUAAUUUCUUCUGAUAAACUUUCUCCAAAGAAAAAGUCUACUAUUGUGAAUGAGAUAAAAACAGAAGUACUCUCUCCACAUUCACAAGAAGAAGCAAAAUCUGAAAAAGAGAAAAGCGAAAACAGUACCAAUACUGCCUGCACUCAGCUUUCUACUGAAACUGAAUUAAAUGAAGUAGAAAAGACUUCUUCAGCAUCUUGUGAUCAAGAUAGAAUUGACAAUAGGACUAAUCAGGAAAUUGUUGGGUCAAACACACAUGUACAAGGAUCUACUCAGAUUCCUACUCAAGAUGUAAUAAGUGCCUGUAGCAUUACUGAAUCAACUCCAGUUCUCUCAAGUUUACUUGCUAAUGAGAAAUCUGAUAAUUCUGACAUACAGCCAUUGGCAUCUCCUCCACCUUCUUUGCCAGCUACUCAAUCUAAUCAUGUGUCAAGUUUGCCUACAACUUUAAUACCACCUUCUGGACCGGUGUUGGACCACACAAUGAAUUCUAAUAUGACUGUGGUCUCCAGAAUGAACCAUACUUUUUCUCAAAGUAUGAAUGUAAAUCCAGGAUUCAUCCAUAGUCAGUCAGCAAAUCAUAGUUUUGGGACUGGACAACCUAACAAUCAAGCUGUCUCUGUAGCAAAUCCAUCUGGUCCAAGUAGCAUGUCUGGACCCCAACAGUUAUUGCUUCCUCAGACAUUAGCUCAGCAGAAUAGAGAAAGACCUCUUCUACUUGAGGAACAACCACUUCUUCUCCAGGACCUUUUGGAUCAAGAGAGGCAGGAACAACAACAGCAGAGACAGAUGCAAGCCAUGAUUCGCCAGCGAUCUGAACCAUUCUUCCCCAAUAUUGAUUUUGAUGCAAUCACAGAUCCUAUAAUGAAAGCAAAAAUGGUAGCUCUUAAAGGGAUUAAUAAAGUAAUGGCUCAAAACAAUAUGGGGAUGCCACCAAUGGUCAUGAACAGGUUCCCCUUUAUGUCUGGGACACAAAGUAGUGAAGGCCAGAAUCUUUCCCAGCAGGCAGUUGCUCAGGAUGGCAGUUUAACACCUCAGAUUUCUAGGCCUAAUCCUCCAAAUUUUGGUCCAGGAUUUGUCAAUGAUUCACAAAGAAAGCAGUAUGAAGAAUGGCUUCAAGAGACCCAACAGCUCCUCCAGAUGCAACAGAAAUAUCUUGAAGAACAAAUUGGACUGCACAGAAAAUCUAAAAAGGCUCUUUCUGCUAAGCAACGUACUGCCAAAAAAGCUGGGCGUGAAUUCCCAGAAGAAGAUGCAGAACAACUGAAGCAUGUUACAGAGCAGCAGAGUAUGGUUCAGAAACGGCUAGAGCAGAUUCGUAAACAACAAAAAGAACAUGCUGAGCUCAUUGAGGAUUAUAGAAUCAAACAGCAACAGCAAUGUGCAAUGGCCCCACCUGUCUUGAUGCCAGGAGUCCAGGCUCAGCCCACAAUGGUUCCUGGAGGGUCACCAUCAACAAUAAGUCAGCCAAAUUUUCCAAUGGCAUCACAGCAGCUUCAACACCAACAGCAUACAUCUGUUAUUCCUAGUCAGUCCAAUCCUGCAAGAAUGCCAAAUUUGCCAGGUUGGCAGCCUACAAAUACCCCUCCUCGCCUCCCUGUAAAUGCUUCAAGGUUGCAACCUCCAAUGCCUCCAUUACCAAUAAAAACUAAUGCUUCAGCUCCAGGGUCAACUUCAAAUCCAAAUCCACAGGGUGGCCCACCUCCCAUAGUAGAAUUUGAUGACAAUAACCCCUUCAGUGAAAGUUUUCAAGAGCGAGAACGUAAAGAACGUUUACGAGAACAACAGGAAAGACAGCGAAUUCAACUCAUGCAAGAAGUGGACCGGCAGAGGGUUUUGCAACAGAGGAUAGAAAUGGAACAGCAUGGCAUGAUUGGAUCAGAAUUGAAUAAUCGAUCUUUGUCCCAGAUUCCAUAUUUCAAUUCUGACUUACCCUGUGAUUUCAUGCCACACUCUAGACCCCUUCCACCAUCUCCACAACAUCAACAGCAAAUAGGGCAAGUACUACAACAGCCAGGUAUGCAGCAGGGAUCUGUUAAUUCACCCCCCAAUCAAACUUUUAUGCAGACUAAUGAAAGACGGCAUAUGGGCCCUGCCCCUUUUGGGCCUGAUCCAUCAUUAGUUCCUGGUGGUGGUCCAAGUUUCCAUUCUGUCAAACAACCACAUGGAAAUCUUUCUGGGAACAAUUUUUCACAAGGCCAAAUAAGACCUUCCUUUCCUCCUGGAAUGCCAGCAACACCACAGCCAACUAAUAGUGGUCCUCCAUGUGGUCAGGAGACUAUAGUGCCUCACAUUCAAAACUAUCCUGGAUCAAGCCAGUCUCUUAUUCAGUUGUAUUCUGAUAUAAUUCCAGAAGAAAAAGGGAAAAAGAAAAGAAUAAGGAAAAAAAAGAAAGAUGAUGAUGUGGAGUCAACAAAGGCACCAUCAACUCCACAUUCAGAUAUAACUGCCCCUCCAACUCCAAGUAUUUCAGAACCUACCUCAACCCCAACAAUGGUCACACCCAGUGAACUUAACCCUCAUCCCAUAGACCAAGAGUCAGCAGAACCCCCUGGCUCUUCAACUACUAAUGAGGAGAUAAAUCAGCCAUCUUCAGAAUUAGAAGACAAUCUUUCCAGUAGUGAUUUUUCUCAGAGGAAUCCACAUCAUCAGACCACUGAAGACUCAGAAUCUAUAAAGUUCGCCUUGGAAGUCCCUAAAAAUAUUCAAGAAAUUAAACUGGAAAAGGCUGAGGCAGAACAAUGCCCUGGCCAAACUGAGCCCAAACUGGAGGAUCAAACUGGCAUUAAAAUAGAAGAAAAAGUUGCCUUAUCAGCCCCAUGUCCUACCCAAUUAGUGAGUGUUCCUCCCUCAAAAGGAGAUUCAGGGAAUGAACUUUUGAAACAUUUAUUGAAAAAUAAAAAGACAUCUUCCCUUUUAAAUAAAAAAUCUGAUGAUAGCUUGAGAUUAGAAGAAGAACGUUCUGGGAAUACCAAAUUAAUUGAAAAACAUAAAUCAGCUGAAGGCCUGCCAAUUCCGGGAAAUCAGAUACAAGGUGGCCUUGGAUGUGGAAAUAACUUGCUGACCAAAACAGAUUUACUAAGUGAAACCAAGAAGCAACGAAACAAACGGACUCAGAGGACUGGAGAAAAGGGAGCACCUCGUUCUAAGAAAAGAAAGAAGGAUGAAGAGGAAAAGCAGUCUCUUUAUUCUAACACGGACACAUUUGCCCACUUGAAACAGCAGAACAACUUAAGUAACCCUCCCACACCUCCGGCUUCCCUCCCUCCUACUCCUCCUCCUGUUACCUGUCAAAAGUUGGCAAAUGGCUUUGCGACUACAGAGGAACUUGCUGGCAGAGCUGGAAUGUUAGUGGGCCAUGAUGUUACCAAAGCUCUUGGGCCUAAACAGUUUCCACUGCCCUUCAAACCACAGGAUGACCUCCUGGUCAGAGCUAUGGCCCAGGGCCCCAAGACUGUGGAUGUUCCUGCUUCACUUCCAACACCCCCUCAUAACAACCAAGAAGAAUUAAGAGUACAGGAUCCAUGUAAUGAUAGGGAUACUCCUGAGAGUUUUGUUCCAUCUUCUUCUCCUGAAAGUGUGGUAGGAAUGGAAAUAAGCAGGUAUCCUGACCUGUCAUUGGUUAAAGAAGAACCUCCAGAGCCUGUCCCAUCUCCUGUCAUUCCAAUUUUGCCAAGCAGCACUGGAAAAGGUUCAGAAGCCAGACAAAAUGAUAUAAAAGCUGAGCCUGGUUCAGGCACCCUUUUUUUCACCUCUCCAUUUGGCCCAUCCCCAAAUGGGCCUAAAUCUGGCCUUAUAUCUGUGGCAAUCACUCUACAUCCCACAGCUGCUGAGAAUAUUAGUAGUGUUGUGGCUGCAUUUUCCGAACUUCUACACGUACGAAUUCCUAACAGUUAUGAAGUCAGUAAUACCCCCGAUAUUCCUUCUCACAUGGGCUUGAUAAAUGGCUCCCGCAUAAACCCUGGCUUAGAAUAUCGGCAGCAGUUACUCCCACAUGCUCCUCCAUCAGUAUCCAUGAGCCAUGGAAGACUAGUAGGCUCUUACAGACUCAAACAACCCAAUAUACCAUUUCCUCCAACAAGCAAUGGUUUAGCUGGUUAUAAGGAUCAUAAUCAAAAUAUUGGUGAUAACUCUGCACUCAGACCACAGUGGUGUUGUCAUUGUAAAGUGGUCAUUCUUGGUAGUGGUGUUCGGAAAUCUUUUAAAGGUCCAGGCUUUUUAAAACAGGAUUCCCAAGAAAGCUCUGAUAGAGGAGAAAAGGACAUUGUAUUUUGUAGUAAUAACUGUUUUGUUCUUUAUUCAUCAACUGUACAAGGAAAAACCUCAGAACACAAGGAUUCCAUCCCUUCCUUGCCACACUCACCAACAAAAGAGAUGCCCCCUAAAGCAUUCCAUCAAUAUAAUACCAAUAUCUCCACUUUAGAUGUCCAUUGUCUCCCACAACUUCAGGAAAAAGUCUCUCCACCUGCAUCACCUCCCAUUACUUUUCCUCCUGCCUUAGAAGCAGCCAAAGUAGAGGCAAAGCCAGAUGAACUGAAAGUAACAGUAAAAUUGAAACCUCGCCUGAGAGCCAUCCAUAGUGCUUUCGAUGACUGUAGACCACUAAGUAAGAAAUGGAAAGGGAUGAAAUGGAAGAAAUGGAGCAUUCAUAUUGUCAUUCCCAAGGGCACCUUCAAACCACCUUGUGAAGAUGAAAUCGAUGAGUUUCUGAAAAAGCGGGGCACGUCCCUGAGGCCCGACCCGGUGCCUAGAGACUAUCGCAAGUGCUGCUUCUGUCACGAAGAAGGGGACGGACUCACGGACGGGCCAGCACGGCUGCUUAACCUGGACUUAGAUCUGUGGGUCCAUUUGAACUGUGCUCUUUGGUCUACAGAGGUCUAUGAGACACAAGCUGGUGCCUUAAUCAAUGUGGAACUGGCCCUUCGGAGGGGCCUCCAGAUGAAGUGUGUGUUCUGUCACAAAAUGGGCGCCACAGGCGGCUGUCACAGGUUUAGGUGCACUAACAUUUAUCACUUUACCUGUGCCAUUAAAGCACAAUGCAUGUUUUUUAAAGACAAAACAAUGCUUUGCCCCAUGCACAAGCCAAAGGGAACUCACGAGCAAGAAUUAAGUUAUUUUGCCGUCUUUAGAAGGGUCUAUGUCCAACGUGAUGAGGUUAGGCAGAUCGCCAGCAUCGUGCAGCGUGGAGAACGUGACCACACUUUCCGAGUGGGGAGCCUCAUCUUCCACACGAUUGGUCAGCUGUUACCCCAGCAGAUGCAAGCAUUCCAUUCUUCAAAAGCUCUCUUCCCUGUUGGAUAUGAAGCCAGCCGGCUCUACUGGAGUAUGCGGUAUGCAAAUAGACGUUGUCGCUAUUUAUGUUCUAUUGAAGAGAAGGAUGGACUUCCCAUAUUUGUGAUCAAAAUUGUGGAGCAAGGCCAUGAAGAUCUUGUUCUCACUGAUACCUCUCCUAAAGGUGUUUGGGAUAAAAUUCUGGAGCCUGUUGCAUGCGUUCGAAAAGAAUCUGAAAUGCUUCAGCUCUUUCCUGGGUAUUUAAAAGGAGAAGAUUUGUUUGGUUUAACAGUUUCUGCUGUGGCAAGAAUAGCUGAAUCACUUCCUGGGGUUGAGGCAUGCGAGAACUACACCUUCCGAUACGGCCGGAAUCCUCUCAUGGAACUCCCUCUUGCCAUCAACCCCACGGGCUGUGCCCGUUCUGAACCUAAAAUGAGUACCCAUGUCAAGAGGUUUGUGUUAAGGCCUCACACCUUGAAUAGCACCAGCACCUCGAAAUCCUUUCAGAGCACGGUCACGGGAGAGUUGAACGCCCCUUACAGCAAGCAGUUUGUCCAUUCCAAAUCCUCUCAAUAUCGGAAAAUGAAGACUGAAUGGAAAUCCAAUGUAUAUUUAGCACGGUCUAGGAUUCAGGGACUAGGCUUGUAUGCUGCUCGAGACAUUGAGAAGCACACCAUGGUCAUUGAGUACAUCGGCACCAUCAUCCGAAAUGAAGUGGCAAACCGAAAAGAGAAGCUUUAUGAGUCUCAAAAUCGGGGCGUGUACAUGUUCCGCAUCGAUAACGAUCAUGUCAUUGAUGCCACACUGACAGGAGGGCCUGCCAGGUAUAUCAACCAUUCAUGUGCACCUAAUUGUGUGGCUGAGGUGGUGACUUUUGAAAGAGGACAUAAAAUCAUCAUUAGUUCUAAUCGAAGAAUCCAGAAAGGGGAAGAACUUUGUUAUGACUAUAAGUUUGAUUUUGAAGAUGACCAGCACAAGAUUCCAUGUCACUGUGGAGCUGUAAACUGCCGGAAAUGGAUGAACUAGAAUGCAUUCCUUGAUAUCUCAGAGGGCUGCUUGACCCUAGGAAGACACGAUUCAAUACAAUUGAAUUUUCUGAACAGAAAGGGUUUUUUUAUGUUUGUUUGUUGUAUGAUUUAAAUUGCUUCUGGGAGUUGUGCUUUCUACAGUCCUUGGGUUAAGAAGCACCAGAAGGAAGCUAGCUCAGGCAGACUUCCCAAAGCUAAAUUACAGAUGGUCCAGCACCUUUGCUUUUGAGCUUCUUGAGGAGAAACUUUGACUGGGGUAGAGCCCAUGGCUGCCCUGCUCCAAGGCAGGGGA